AUGAUGGGAUUUUCGAUUUUGGUAAUUUUCGGUCAGUUUUUUCUUGGAAUUUAGCGGUUACUGUAGCUUCUGAAAAAUUCUUGAAUUGAAAUAAAUAAGAAAAGUUUCAAAUAUAGUUUCUUAUCAGCGGUUACCGUAACUUUUAGGGAAAAGGGAACUUACAAUAAGUCGGAGUUCUGAGAUUUUUCUAAUUUGACAAUUUUGACCUUUUGGACUCAUGUUUUAGGCUUUAGGAUUAUCCAUUAUGGUAGGUAUUCUUACAUUUUUGUUUUUUUUAAAUAAUUCGAGUUACUGUAGAAAAAAAUACGGAAACAUUUUCCGGUUCGCGGGCUACAGUAUCCAAAAGAAUUUUUGAAAAUAUUAUUUUUGCUACUGUAACUCACUUCGCUGAAAACAAAAUCUAAAAUUCAGAUCUCAAACUUGGAUUCUAAAUGUUUUUCCAGGUCUUCUCACAACAUCGCUCGUUUCAAGCUCAUCUCGUUAUUGGAUCGACUCUGAAACUUCAUUUCAGCCAAGCAGAUUUCGCGCCUUCCGAUUUACACCAAAGAUCUUUACAUCACCCGGUUUGUACAUUUUCCCACGAUUCCUCAAAAAAAAAUUUUUUUUGGAGAAGAAACCCUCUUGUUUUGUUUAUCAAAAAAAGAAUUGCGCAUGAAUUUCCAAUGAAAUUAUAUUUUCUCUCGAAACAAAGAAAAUAAUCGGAAAGAAUACGGUAGUUAUUAUAAAUAAAUCACAAGAGAGAAGGCUGUAAUUUUCAGACGGUUCCAGCAAUUUUGUUUUUUUAUGCAUAAAAUAAAUAAAAAAUUAUGUUUUUUUUAGAAAAUGUGAAAUUGUCGGAAGAAUUGGAAAAUGACAGUGAGGAACUCAAACCAAUGUUCAAAAGAGCCGCUUUCAUCAAAAGACGAGGAAGAGAACUUUUCGGUAAGACAAAUUGCCACGUCAUAAAUCACAAAUGUCAGUAGCGCCUAGUUACCUAACUGUCUAGGCUCCGCGCCUUGCGAGCUUCUAUAUCAAGUAGCCGCACCUAGAGAGGUCAAUUGUCAAGAAUCAGCGCCUAGAGAGUAUAAUUGUGUACGGGUUGUCCGAGGUUUUUCAGUUUCAUCGAAAAUUUGAGAUAAUCUGAGAAACAUCAAUGGUCAAAAAGCCAAUAAAACUUUUCUAAUUGUUAAACAAACAUUGGAAAAGGCGCAAAAAUAUCUCCCUUUUUAUUCGCCAAAACGAAAUUCAAACCAUUAUUUCUUGAAAAAGCGCGAAAAUAUCAGAUUUCCCCAAAAAAUUCUCACAUUAUAUACAUUUUUCAGGAAAACGAUCAGCACCAGAUUUCGAUGGGGACAUGAUGGUUGAUGCAAGAUAUCGACGACGUGCCAACGAACUUUUUGGAAGAAAAUAA